CCGCCCCCCAUCCCGGCGGAAGUUGCGAGUAGUUGCCGGAAGUCGUUCUAAGGCGGGGCCGGGCCUGUGGGGCGGUGCGUUGGGAUCGAUAUGGCGACGGAAGGGGACGUGGAGUUGGAGUUGGAGACAGAGACGAGCGGUCCGGAGCGGCCUCCGGAGAAGCCACGGAAGCAUGACAGUGGUGCGGCGGACCUGGAGCGAGUCACCGACUAUGCGGAAGAGAAGGAGAUCCAGAGUUCCAAUCUGGAGACGGCUAUGUCCGUGAUUGGAGAUAGACGGUCCCGGGAGCAGAAAGCCAAACAGGAGCGGGAGAAGGAACUGGCAAAAGUCACCAUCAAGAAGGAAGAUCUGGAGCUGAUAAUGACAGAGAUGGAGAUCUCCCGAGCAGCAGCAGAACGGAGCUUGAGGGAACACAUGGGCAACGUGGUGGAAGCUCUUAUUGCCCUAACCAACUGAUUUGGGUUUUCUCAGACCCACUGGAUUAACUUAUUUCAAUAAAGAUGUCUUUUUUUUUU